UCAGGUGUCACAGUAAGCACAGCGAUGGAUCUGCAUAAGAGAAUCAUUGGAGGUCGUGAGUGUCCUCACAGUGAACGUCUGUACCAUGUCAAAAUAACUGAUGACGCUGAUGAUAUACUCUGUGGUGGAUCUCUAAUCAGUAACCAGUGGUUUCUGACUGCAGCUCACUGCUUACAGGACUCUAUGACAGUAUUUUUAGGUGCGCACCCAGGUCCAGAAACAGAAGUGCAGAUCACAACACAUGAGAUCUUUAGGGACGACCUGGAAAGACCUCAUGACAUCAUGCUGGUGAGACUAUCUCACCCCACUAACAUUAUCCCAGUACGACUUCCUGACUGUGCACAUCGUCCCAAUAUACGUGAUCCAGUUCAGAUUGCAGGUCAUGGACCCACAGCUGCAGGCCCACAAGGUGAAAGAGGUGAGAUGAAGCUUCUGCGCAUCAUUGACUUUCCUGAAUUCUCUUAG